AAGACAGUUGUGAGCUGCAAAUGUGGGUCCCGGGAAUAGUGCUUUUAAUCCUUGAGGUAUCUCUCCAGCGUCCUGUUCCUGAUUUUUGAAAAGUUUUCUUCGUUGUUUCUCUCGGUCCUUAUAUCCGUUAAAAUGGUCAACAGAAACCAAGAUAGACUGAUAAGUGAAGUGGCUAAAAAGACAUGCAAUUUCAUAUCCCAUCCUCUUCUAGUGUCUCCCCCCAAAAGUUUCGGGUUUUUUUUCCUGACCUAUAUUCAGGACGCGGGGAAAGUGUCCGGUCAGACAGGAGUCUGAUUCGAGUGCAUAACCAGGAAGGUCCCGAACAGCUCCAUCGAGGCGGAAGCAAGAGUCUCCCCCAACCCUCAAGUUAGCCCUGCGUUGAGCCAGCGGGGAGGUAGAGCGCGGACGCCAACGCGCACCAGUCACCAGUUCCCCCAGCGCUGCACUGGUUGGCGCCAAAACGACCGUCUGCGCCCGUCCCCUGCCGGAACUAUGCCUCACGUAAGCCACGUAAGCGGUGACCCUGCGCCUCGCUAAGUAGUCCCGCUCAGGAUGCCCUCCGUGUGCGCUUUGCCCGCUCACGACGGCCUCCGUGGGAAGGAGUCGGCCCCCGAGGUGCGUGGAGGUCCGGGGAGAAGGGCCAAGUGGCUCCGCUAACCCUUCCCUUCAGAUUCCUCCGCCGGGACGCCGCGUCCCAGCGCCUUCACUUCCGGGUCCGCCAUUUUAUCGCCUCCAUUUCUCCGCGAGGGGGGGUGAAGGCCCCCCAAAUAUGCAUAUGCGACAAGGCCGAAAAGUGAGGCCGCCGGCAGGGAGUCUUCACUAGAGAAAAGGAACGGGACCAAACUGGCGGGCCCAGUGAGCGCGAAGCCGGCAGCGCUCCGGACUAGCUUCCUGGAAACUGCUGUUUCUAUGCAUAAAGAUGUCUCUGGUGGACUUGGGGAAGAGGCUGCUAGAAGCUGCACGGAAAGGCCAAGACGAUGAAGUGAGGACACUGAUGGCAAAUGGGGCUCCAUUCACCACAGACUGGCUCGGAACAUCACCGCUUCACCUUGCAGCCCAGUAUGGUCAUUAUUCCACAGCAGAAGUGCUCCUUCGAGCUGGCGUUAGCAGGGAUGCCCGGACCAAAGUGGACAGGACCCCUUUGCAUAUGGCUGCAGCUGAUGGACAUGCUCACAUCGUGGAACUGCUUGUUAGGAGUGGUGCAGAUGUAAAUGCAAAGGACAUGCUGCAGAUGACAGCUCUGCACUGGGCCACGGAGCACCGUCACCGGGAUGUCGUCGAGUUACUUAUCAAAUAUGGAGCUGAUGUCCACGCUUUCAGCAAAUUUGAUAAGUCUGCCUUUGACAUCGCACUGGAGAAAAACAAUACUGACAUUUUGGUCAUGCUUCAGGAAGCAAUGCAGAAUCAGGUGAACACUAACCACGAGAGAGCCAACCCAGUGGCUAACCCUGUGACUGUGACUGCUCCGUUCAUCUUCACCUCUGGAGAGGUCGUUAACCUCGCUAGCUUUGUUUCUUCAGCCAACACCAAAGCAACCUCAGCUAAUUUAGAAGAAAUCGAAGAAGGAAAUUCUCUUGACUCCUCGAUCCAGAAAGUGGUGGGGAGUGGAGGCCAGAGGGUCAUCACCAUAGUGACUGAUGGGGUCCCUCUGGGUAACAUUCAAACUUCUAUCCCUACUGGAGGUCUUGGCCAGCCAUUUAUUGUAACUAUGCAAGAUGGACAACAAGUUCUCACUGUGCCUGCUGGUCAGGUUGCAGAGGAAACGAUAAUUGAAGAUGAAGACGAGGAAGAAGUGAAAUUGCCAUUGGUGAAGAGACCAAGGAUGGCAGAGAUGACAAAUAGUGUUGAGGAAAUGAAGGAAGGCAGUGAAAGAGAACUACUGCAGCAACAGCUCCAGGAGGCCAACCGAAGAGCCCAGGAGUACAGACACCAGCUCCUCAAGAAAGAGCAGGAGGCCGAGCAGUAUCGGCUCAGGCUGGAGGCUAUGGCUCGGCAGCAGCCCAACGGAGUUGAUUUCACUGUAGUUGAGGAAGUAGCUGAAGUGGAUGCUGUAGUGGUGACAGAAGGGGACGAGGUAGAAAGAGCAACACAAGUCAUGAAGUCAGGAAGGACCACGGAGCCUCACACUAACGUUUCCAUAGAAACUAUUUCAUCCUAACACCAACGGCCACAACUUGUGCUCGCUCAUCUUAUUCUUUGUAAGAAGAAAGUACGGACUGCAGGUACUGCGUAUGAAUUAGAAUGUCCUUAAGAAGGUAACAAUAACAGGGUUCAAGGUCUGAGCCUAGGGAGGCUGUGUGUGCAGCUGGAAAACUCAGAGCCACUUUAGUGACAUCUGAGGGACCAAAGGACCAGGACCAAAUCUCUCAGCUCAUAUCAUUGCUUUAAACAGAGUACUGGGCAUUGUGGGUUGGUUUUUUUUUUUUAAUAGUUAGUUUUAUAUCAAAAGAUUUUAAGAUAAUACUUGUACUACAUAUACACCAAGAGCCUUUAAUAGUUAUACCUGAAAAUUUGCCUUAGAUUUUGAAACUGAUGAGGUUGUAGGAAGCCACCUCUGAGGAAGAGUAAAGGAUGUCACACAGUUCUAAGGGAGCAGGCACACAAGUUCUCCCUAGUUAACUCACCGAAGAGAAGGCCCUAAGCCAGGCAGGGUAGUACAUACCUGUGAUGUCAGCACUCAGGAAGUUAUUUGAGGUCAGCCUGAGCUAAAGAGAGUCCUUCAAUAAAAGAGGACCAGAUGUGGUGACACAUGCCUUGAGUUCCAGCACUCGGGAAGUAGACACAGGUAGAUUUCUGUUGAGUUCAAGGCCAUGUGGUCUACAUUCCAAGUUCCAAGCCAGUCAAGGCUACACAGUGGGACCCUGUCUCCACAUACAGCAGAGCAAAGCUGGGGUGGAGAAGUGGCGAGGGAGGAAUAUGCUUGUUCUUCCAGAGAACCGGGGUUCCAUUCUGAGCACCCGAGUCAAGCUGCUCACAAUUAUAUGUCGAUCCAGCUCCCAGGGAUCAUGCCCUUUUUUGACAUGUGUGUAUAUCCACACUAUACAUUUAUAUAUAUAAAAGAAUUUUAAAUUAGUAAAAAAAAAUUAAGUUAGUUGAAUACAGUGGUUCACGCUUUGGGAACCUGAAACAGGAAGAUUACGAGUUUAAAGCCAGCUUGAACUCCAUUGUGAGUUACAGGUCAGCCUGGGCUACAGUGUGGGACCUAUAUGCAAGAGAAAAAUCAAGUGUCAUGGUGUGCACCUCUAAUUCCAGCACUCGGGAGGCAGAGGCAGGAAGAUCUCUAAGUUUGAGGCUAGCCUGGUCUACAAAGAGAGUUCUGGUAUAGCCAGGGCUACAUACAGAGACACUGCCUCAAAAAUAAAGAAAAAUUAGCAAAGAAGGGCUGAUUUAGGAUUGCCUGAUAAGUUGUGUCCAUAGCUUAGAUACAGUAUUAAAAAAAA